AUGACGGUCAUUAUGCAGCUGAAGAAGGAAGGAGAAAGAUUUAAAGGGGGAGGAAGAAGAGAGAACUAUAGCCAAAACAACGUCCCGCCUUUUAAAGGGACGGCAUACAAGUUGGAUGACAUAAAUGUUAGAUUCUCUCUAAUUCUUCUUCACCUUUCCAUCUCUACAGGGUUGAAAUUCGACAUGAAAUAUAUGAAUUUUCGGGUCAAAGCCUGCAACAAAGCCGUGGCGGGAGAGUUUUCAGAGCCGGUCACUUUGGAAACAAGAGCCUUCAUGUACCGCCUGGAUGGCAGCACCAGCCACCUCAAUCUCAAGGUGGAAGACCUCAGUGUGGAAUGGGACGCCAUGGGUGGGAAGGUGCAGGACAUGAAAGCACGGGAAAAGGACGGGAAGGGCCGAACUGCCUCCCCCAUUAACUCUCCAGCCAGGUGUGUCCAGUCUCCGAAAAGGAUGCCGAUGGGCCGUGGAGGGCGAGACCGAUUCACUGCCGAAUCCUAUACAGUGUUAGGAGACACCUUGAUUGACAGCGGUGACCACUACUGGGAGGUACGCUACGACCGGGACAGCAAAGCGUUUGCGGUGGGCGUGGCUUAUCGGAAUCUGGGCAAGUUUGACCAGCUGGGCAAAACUUCUUCGUCCUGGUGCCUUCAUCUCAACAACUGGCUGCAGGUCAGCUUCACAGCCAAGCACAACAACAAGGCCAAAAUCCUGGACAUCCCAGUUCCGGAUAUUCUAGGCGUGUAUUGCAAUUUUCACGAAGGAUUCCUCUCGUUCUACAACGCAAAAACUAAGCAGUUGCUACACACAUUUCGAGCCAAAUUUACCCAACCGGUUCUCCCGGCCUUUAUGGUGUGGUGCGGCAGUUUUCACGUCUACUCCGGCUUGCAAGUUCCUGGCGCCGUCAAAUGCCUUCAGAAGCGCAACAGCGCGACGAGCAGUUCUACCACCAGCCUCACUUAGUGACGCUCGUCACCUUCCUCUUUUCCAAGUUGGAGAGACAGUCCAUUCACGGUCACGGACCCCACCGUAUUUUAAAAAUAUAUAUACAAUACGUAUUCUUUUUUUCCUUCCAGGUUUCGUCUAUCCAAAC